GGUCAUAAAACUUUAAAUUUUAUCUUGAUUUAAAAAAAAAAACAAAAUUUUUCGCACAAUAAUAAUACUUUUAUAAGUACUUUUUAUAACUUUAAUAAAAAACGAUUCUGUGCCCAAGAAGCGCCGGUAAACAUCAUAAAAGCAUAAUUAUAAAUAAUUCAAUUAAAUAAAAAAGGGGCAGGAAUAAUUUUAUCUUUAUUUUCUAUGAAAAAAAUAUUUACCUCACCCGAAGAAUUCUAAAACCGUUGUUGUUCGUCGUAAACUUUAUUGCAGUAGCAACGUAUUUUUAAUCAAUAAUAGGGCAUUUGUAAAAUAUUGAAGAACAACAAUAUUAUAAACUUAUCUCAUUUGAUUAUAAUGUUUAUCCAUCACAAGAGUUCAAAAAUUUGAUAUAAAUACCAAAAAAUUUGGUCUGUAGAUUUUAUAAUAUCAAAAAAUGUGGUCAUUAGUUCUUUUCGUUGUUAUUGGACUGCUGGGGUCUGAGAGUUUAGUUGAAGCUGGCAAUUGUACAAUUGUAGCAAAAGGAAAUUUAAUAUUUCCAAAAGAUUUUAAUUUUGGUGUUGCGACAUCAGCUUAUCAAAUAGAAGGUGGUUGGAAUGCAGAUGGUAAAGGAGUAUCAAUUUGGGAUGAAUACACACACAAUAAUCCUGAUAGGAUUAAGGAUCGGACAAAUGGUGACUCGGCAGCGGAAUCAUAUCGACUUUUCGAUUUGGAUUUGAAAGCAUUAAAGGAUCUUGGGGUGAAACAUUAUCGUUUUUCCAUCGCAUGGACACGAAUCUUUCCAGAUGGCUUUGUCCAUUCUAAAAACCAAAAAGGAAUCGACUACUACAACAGUGUUAUCAAUAAGCUUUUGGCAAAUGGUAUUGAACCUAUGGUCACCGUGUAUCACUGGGAUUUGCCUGUCGGCAUACAAAAGUUUGGUGGCUUUUCUAAUUCCUUGAUAAUUGAGCAAUUCUCAGAUUAUGCAGAGGAACUAUAUAAAUUAUUUGGCGAUAGGGUUAAAACAUGGAUAACAUUUAACGAACCACAUCAAAUUUGCAAAUCAGGUUAUGGAAGUGAAAAAACACCUCCAAUGGUUGGAGCUCCUGGAGUUGGCGAUUAUAUCUGUUUUACAAAUUUGCUUAAGGCCCAUGGUGCAGCUUAUCGUCUUUAUCAAGACAAAUUUGCUAAAAAACAAAAAGGACAAGUCGGUAUCACUUUGGAUAUUUGGAUGGUCUUCUCUGAAACAAAUAAUAAAACUGAUAUCGAUCGUGCAAUGCAUUAUAAUUUGGGAUUGCUGGCUUAUCCAAUUUUUAGUAAAACUGGUGAUUUUCCUCCAAUAUUAUUGAAAGAAAUUGAAAAGAGCAGUUUUGAUGAAGGAAGAAAAAGAUCUCGUCUUCCAAGUCUUGGUGAAUAUUGGACAAAAGUAAUAAGAGGAUCAUCUGACUUUAUGGGUCUCAACUAUUACACUUCGAGAUUUAUUAAGCCUGCUACUGAACCAGAGGGUGAAAACCCUUCAACAGAAAGAGAUUACAAUUAUCAGAGUCAGCCUGAUAAGAAUUGGCCUAGAGCAAAGUCAGAUUGGCUUUAUUGUAUUCCCGAGGGAUUGGAAUAUCUUUUGAAAUAUGUUCGAGAUGAAUAUGAUAAUGUUGAGGUCAAGAUCACAGAAAAUGGUUGGUCUGACGAUGGCGAACUAAAUGAUGAUAAGCGUAUUAAAUAUUAUCAGAGUCACAUUCAAGCUGUUUUGAAUGCCAUCAAUGAUGGUUGCAAUGUUAAUUCGUAUUCAGCUUGGAGUUUGGUUGAUAAUUUUGAAUGGAAUCAAGGAUAUACGGAGAAAUUUGGUUUAUAUUCUGUGAAUAUGAAAAGUCCAAAAAGAGAACGUAUACCAAAGAAAUCAGCGAUUUAUUAUAAAAAACUCAUUGCAACAAGAUCAGUUCCAAACGGACUUUGAAUAUUUAGUAUUAGAAGAAAUUUUUAUUGUACGAAUUCGAAACCAAAU